AACCGCCGCACUGUCAUGGCCGUGAGCACGGUGCAGGCAUUGUUCAACUGCCUCAAGCUGUGCUUCCUGUGUGCGUUCAUCCUGGUGGUGGUCACCGUCAAGUUCUUACGGCGACACGAGCGGCCUCAGUCCCUGCGUCUGCUCAUCUCGGAGGGAAAGAUCCUCUUCUGGAACACCGGGGCCAAGCUGCGCGCGCAGUUCAACGGCACGAGUGAUGCGCUGGCACUCACCCCGGACGGCCUGCUGAGCCACGACAAGGAAGACGUGGUGGAGCGAGUGGCCUACCUAGAGAAGAAGGUGCAGCAGCAGGAGGAUGAGAUCGUCUGCCUCAAGUCCGCCAUGGCUGACGUCAUACGCCGGCUCGGCUCUGUUGAGAUCAGCUCCCAGAACCACGCCCUCCCGUCCUCCUCGUCCACGUCACGGGGGUACCGCGCGCUGCCCAGCCGCCCGCGGUCCAUGGUGGGGGGCAGCUCGUCCUCCAAGAGCCACCUGAACGCGCUGGACAACGUGAACGUCAUGUCCCAGAGGAACGCGCCCAACUCGUCGCGGAGCAGCAGCGGCCGGAGCAGCCGCAUGUCCUCGGCGCACACGCUCUCCAAGUGGUCUUCCUUGUCCACGUCGGCCGAGAUGUCCAACUCCAUGCUCACUCCGACCUCAUCCAGAGGAAAGCCCCGAGAUGUCCAGACGGUAAAUGUCCGCAGGAAAAAAGGAUGGUUUCCUGAAGAUCUACAUCCGUGGCCGUGGGGUCAGCCUGUAUGCCUCGUCCAACCUGUCGGAGUACAACAUCAACAAGACCAGCGAGGUUCCCCCGGAGAAGUUGCAGUUGGAGUGGGUCUAUGGGUACCGUGGCCGAGACUGUCGCAGCAACCUGUACUACCUUCCCACCGGAGAGGUGGUCUAUUUCACCGCGGCCGUUGUGGUGCUGCAUAACCCUGAGGAGCAGACACAGAGGCACUAUCUGGGGCACACCGAUGACAUCAAGUGCAUUGCAAUUCAUCCGGACAAAAUCAAGAUUGCUACAGGUCAGGUGGCAGGUCAUGAUGCGAAGGAAGGAAAGGUGGACCCCAAGAGGAGGCCAGGCUGGAAGCCACAAACUGACCAGGAACCACACGUGCGUGUUUGGGACUCAGUGUCUCUCAACACCCUGCAUGUCAUCGGCAUUGGAUGUUUCAGCCGUGCUGUGUGUUGUCUCUCCUUCUCCAAGCUGGACGGCGGCCAGCAGCUGGUGGUGGUGGACGAGGCCAAUGAACACAUCAUCUCUGUGUGGGACCUGGGACGGGACAAGCCACACAAGCUCACCGAGACCAAGAGCUCCACGGAGCCAGUUCUGGCUGUGGAAUUCCACCCGUCGGAGAAAGGCAGCAUUGUCAGCUGUGGCAAGGGGCAGAUAACCUUCUGGACUCUAGAGGGUGGUGCUCUUGUCAAGAAACAUGGCAUUUUCGAUAAAUACGACAAGCCCAAGUAUGUGCUCAGUCUGGCCUUCUCAGACAGCGGAGACGUCCUCUCCGGGGAUUCCAACGGCAGCAUCUUUGUCUGGGGCAAAGGAAGCAACCGGAUAACUCAGGCCAUGCUAAAUGCUCACGACGGUGGAGUUUUCUCCCUUUGUGUCACCAAAGAUGGCACUCUUCUGUCUGGUGGGGGUAAAGAUCGAAAGAUCAUCCAGUGGGACAAUACGUUCGCGAAGACUGGAUCAGAGACAGAGGUCCCUGAAUCCUAUGGUCCUGUGAGGACUCUGAGCCAGGGUAAGGGUGGCUUGGUCCUAGUUGGCACCACACGCAACUGUAUCCUCAGUGGCUCACUGGAUCUCGAGUUGUCUGUCAUUGUACAGAGUCACACAGACGAGAUGUGGGGUCUGGCCAGCCACCCAACACAGCACCAGUUCCUCACCUGUGGUUCUGACAAACAGCUCUACCUGUGGGACUCUCAGUCUCGCACUGUCGUCUGGAACAAGGAAAUGAAUGAUGCUGUUCACAGCUGUUGCUUCCACCCACGCGGUGGGAUUGUCGCGGUGGGCACGAGUGUGGCGCGCUGGCUCGUCCUUGACCUCUCUACCCAUGAGAUUGUCUCGGUACACACCGAUGGCAAUGAGCAAAUUGAGUGUAUCCAGUACUCACCAGAUGGUUCCAUGCUGGCUGUUGGUUCGAGAGACAACUACAUCUAUAUCUACCAGGUGUCUGAUGAUGCCAAGAAGUAUACCAAGGUCGGACGCUGCUCAGGUCACUCCAGCUUCAUCACACAUGUGGACUGGUCUGAGGACAGCCAGUAUCUGGCCAGUAACUCUGGUGACUACGAGCUGCUCUACUGGACUGCUAGUAGCUGUAAACAGCUGACCAACCCGGCUGUCAUCCGGGAGCUCAAAUGGGCCACACAGAGCUGUGUGCUGGGCUUCAACACUGCUGGUAUCUGGCCAGAUGGUGCUGAUGGCACGGACGUUAAUGGAUGCUGCAAGUCCCACAAUGAGCGACUGGUGGCUUCCUGUGACGACUUUGGCAAGGUCAACUUAUACAGCUACCCUUGCUGUCAACCCAAGAGCAACUGCCACUCCUACAAGGGUCACAGCAGUCACGUGACGUCUGUCACCUUCCUUUUCGACGACUCCCGGCUCAUUUCAACAGGAGGGAAGGACACAGCAGUGAUGCAGUGGCAAGUGGUCUAGGUGCUAGAGUGCUUGCCAUGGAAUUAGGUCUUCUCAGAAAAGAUUCUGUGGCCUGGAUUUUGUGUCUGGAGAAUCGGCGACCAGCUCUACAUUUCCAUACGCAUGUCAUGUGAUUAUUAGAUCUGGGCUGACACCGUCUGAGCAAUGAUGGGUGUGGUGAAAUUCCACAAUGAGAGGGAACCUUUGAAUUCUCUUUCUGGUGAUGAUGGACAGAGGGUUGUUUUUGUCGUACCCUGUAAAGUUGACUUUUGUGUCUGAUCAUGAUUGGUUAGAAGGAAUGUUGAUACUACAAUUUUUGCACUGUGAAUCGGUUUUGUGUGAUUCAGCAGUGUGCUUUUUGUCUAUACAAUUGUGACAAGGCUUCUUGUCAGCUUUGUGUGACAUGACUUUCACAGCCUGAAGUAAUUUUUUACAGCCUUAAGUCACACUUUACAGACCAACAUCUCUUUUUGACUUUCUGGUGUCAAUUUUGUUGGCUCAGUUAAUCUGAAGUAGAUCUUGUCUUCAGUAUUUAAAUUUCAUUGUUUAAUUUCAUUUUCAAUCUGGCAUUCAAAAACGACAUUUCCAUUUUUUCUAGUCUUACAGGCUUUAAAAAAUCCCAUUCAGCCUACAUUUUCUACUCAAUUGCCCUAGUGUCCCGUUGCCCCAAGGUGUGAUUUUCAAGUAAUGAAUUGUUUUGCAAUGAUCACAUAUUUACCAACCAGUAUGUAUAGUGUUUUGUUUGCCAAAGUUUUUUUUCUGUAUUUGAAGACAUUUACAUUUCUUUGAUUGUUUAUUCUGCAGCUUAACUGUAAAAAUAAAUAUUGGGAAAUGGUUCUUUGAGGUCUAAUUAGAUUCAAUUUGUGAUUAUAUAUACCAAGUUUCUUUGGGUUAAUCUAGUAUAUUAUUACAGUUUUCAUUAUCUUUUUCAUACUGCUCAUUGCCAACUCAAGGAAGUGAAGUAAGACUGAGGUUAUUACUAGUCAUUUGGAUGGAAGGGUUAUGUGUGAUAGGAAGAGGUUUCUAACCCUGCAAUAUGCAAGAUGUACAUUGGUCCCAGUCCAAGUAACAUGCUUAGCAAAAACUGAAUGAUUUGAGGCUCUCGUGGAGAGGUGUGUUUUGCUGAUAGUGAUAGUGUAACUGGUUUAGUUUUUACAUGUCCACACAUGUACGUGUGUGUCUUCAUGUGUAGUUUUAACCACAGAUGCCCAUGCUCUCACUCUCGGUUUUCACUUUAGCUAAAGGCAGCAUUCAUUUUUGUAUGCCCUUUACCUCCGAGGAACAUCACCUCAGGCUUAGAGGGGUAUCUGAGAAACGCAUGUGGAUGGUUCGGGUUGCAAAGUGGCCGUCUCCUAAAAAAUUUGUUUCAAAAGGAACUAGGAAUACUGUCUGAUUCUGUCUCUUCACUUCAAUUGUUCAGUGAUAUUUGGAUAAAUUUUUAGCUCAUCUCUUGUUCUUGGUAAGAAAAGCUAGAUCUUAGCUUGACGAUAGUCAUUACGUUCCACAGUUAGACAUUGCAAAAAGAAUUUUGGAAAUCUCAAGACUUGAUCAUUGUGCUUCCUGUGCUGUCCACAUGCGGACUGCCAGUUGGUUUCUAAGGAAGUUCAUAGUCUAUGCAUGGUGCAGAUAAGCAAUGCUGGUUACUUUUGUUCCUACCCUGUCUUGUGUGUAUUUCUUAGAUGUGAUUCCAGUUAUGCCAAUCUGAACCGCAUUGUAUGCUCGAGGUUUCAUUUUCUAUAAGAAAGGAACUGAGAAAAGUUUGUUCUAUGAAUAAAAGAAAUAACCACCCCAAAAGGCACCAUAGAACUCUCUGACUAGUAACAUAUGUUGUCAAGUAUGGAAAGUACGACAUUUCAGUCAUGGUGAUACUUGCUUCACAUAAUUAAUUUGUAUAGCAGUAUGAGGUGCGGUUGUAGAUUUGUUCCUCGCUACAUUCAAAGGGUAAAUUAUUUUGGGUGAGCCUUAGUCUGAAUGCCUUGACUGUAUGACUUUGAGAAAUGGUCACUGUUGCUUCUCCACUACCAUAAUAGUGUCAGGUUGUAGAGUUGUUGUUUUUUUUUGCUAAGGCACAGUGUUUCUCCGAUUUUCUCUCACUGUUUUUAACUCUCACUUAUACCAACAAACAUUUAUGGGCUUCAUUUUGCAGACAAAAGUUAUAAAAUCAGUUCCACUGUGAGGAAAAUGUUUUUCCAAGCUGUAUAUGUCUUUCUUCAGAAUUUUCAGAAAACAAUGUGCUCCACACAGCCAUGGUUGGAGCUACCUGGCAGGGUCAAAGCAACUUACUUUGUAAAUGAUCUAAAUAUCAAUAAGGAUGUGAAAAAUGUAGGCCUACAAUUUUCUAUUUGUGGGCAUAGUAAGACUCAAAUUUGUAGUCGGGAUUUAGAGUGUGUGAAGAAACAAUGGACCGCAAUGCAAAAUUUUAGCUUUAUAUUCAACGAUGAUGCAGUAGUGUGGGAUUUCAUUUAUUUUUGUUCCUGUUGGUAAUUUUUUGUCUUUUACUGAAGUUAAUGACCGAUUUUUACCUCAUAGUCUAUGCAUUAUUGUAUUCCUCAUCUGACAAACUUGAUUUUUGUGGCAUUUUGAUCUCUUUGACGCUUUCAGAACCUUGAACCAAUACUGCAGCUCUAGGCCUAUAUGUUAGGUUUUUCUCACUUCAAGCGGUUUAUAGUGAUAUGAAAUAAUAAAAUAAUAUCGACCUCUGAAAGAAUUUUUGCUUUUAUACAUUCACACUGCUAAAUUAAGAGUGGAUAGAAUAGUUGGAUGCUGGUUCCAAAGGUGAGGUGGGUGGGGCCAUGACUGUCUCUGAGUGUACUUGAAAAUGUUGUCGGGUUAAAGAUUUCGUACAUAUGAUAUCAUGUGUCUUGUGUGGGGUGUGUCUUCUUCAUAGUCUUAUUCCGAUAUGCGUACUUUGGUUUGCUCCUAGUCUGUAGCGUAGAAACUAUAUCAUCUUGUUUGUAGUCACUGUUGAGCUAUUUUAUAAUUUCUUAAGGGGGAGGAAAUACUUUGUCAGAUGCCAUUGUCUUGUUCCCUGCUUCCUUCUUUUAAAUGGAAUUUGUUCCAUUGCCGCUUCUUUUAGUUUCUUGUUUUUCAUUUUUGUCUUCAGCUUCUUUUUUUGUGUUGAUCACGUUAAAAUCUACCGGUAGAAAACUUUGAGAGAUGCUUUUGGACUGCUGUGUUUGCCCAAUACAUGUAGUUUCUUAAGUGUCCUGUAUUUCUUUCCAAAUUUCUUCCUUACUAUGGUUACGUAAAUUAUCAUUAGCUGGGUGGAUGAGGACACAAGGAGUUGAGACCAUCUUUGUGUUUGAAUUUACUGUUCAACCAGGUAAUAUUGCUUAAAUAUUUGGGUGUUUUUUUUUUGUAUUGACAUUAUUUUAACCAUAAAGACAGUUCAGUUGAAAUUUCAGCAAUAUAUAUACAAUCACAUUAUUUUUAAUUUGCUAUCAACGUCGAUUAUUUCUUAGCUUCUGUUUUGUGUGAUUUAUUUGUCUGACUUGUUGCAAAGUUACAUUUCCUUUAUUUCCCCGUAUUACCAUACUAAUAACAUGCCUGUUAUUGUAAAAAAAACAAAAACAUUCUCAGCCUUCUAUAUUAUUACUGUUGUGAUUGAGUUGUAUCUUACCAAAACCAUUAUACUGUUCUAUUCCUAUAUAUAUACGUACCAGGUGUUUUUGUAUGUUCUUCAUUACACUCAUUGCUAUCUACCUAGCUACCUGGUUGUACACUCUAUUGUAUUGUGGCUGGACUCUCACACUUCAUGUGACUUCUCUGUCUGUUGUCUCACUAUGAUCAGUUUUGUUUUGUAAUAAAGACAAAUGUAAUAAAAAAAACACUUCAAAAUAAACUUUAUUGAAGAUGAAAAA